AUGAAGGCAACGAGCGAUUUUCACCUGCUGAGAGCUGAUAACUUCCUGCAGUCAAGGCUGACCCUCCCGAUCUCUCAAGUUCUCUUCAUCCCCGACAACCUACAAGCAGAUGCAAGCACUCGGCGUGUUGCCUCCAUCUCGCUGGUCAGGCAGAAGAGGGAGGAACACGGCAGGGCUCUCAGCCUGUCGGCUCGGCGCGAGGCUCCUCGCGACUCUCUCAGUCUCUCGGCUCAGCAUCUCCCGCUCAACCCUCGUGCUGACAACAUGUCCAAGUGGCACGUCAGCCCCUCCCCCCCUCCCUCGCCUGCUCCCGUCAUCCGCCCUAAGACUGGAAACCCCUGCAGACGAGCGGGUCCUGACGAGUUUGCCCGCAGAAGCUUCUCCUCCCUCAACCUGUCACUCGACCAAGACGAAGCCCAUCGCCCGUCGACUGCUCGCCUGCCGCCUCGAGGAGCACGAGAAGUGAUAGCGGUCGCCAAGCCUCGCGUGAUCGACUUUCAACUCGUGCAGGAGAAGGAGAAGCAUGAGGAUGGGGAGGAGGAGUUGGAACGCGAGGCUCACAACGGCUGGCGCAGCAGGCAGCGAUCUAUCCCCAAGCUCAAGCACCAGUUCUUGUGGUGCAAGCUCCACAGCUCCUCCUCCUUUGUUGCCUCAGUCACAGACUUGAAGAAGAAGUUUCACCGGCGACUUGCAACGGACGAUCAGCUCAGAAUCUCCAACACGCUAGCAGCAGCGACUCGCAUGGCGCUGACGCCUCGCCCGCUCUCAAGCCGCGCGACGCGAGUGGAGGAGAGGGCUCCGUCCGCUCCCUCCCAUCGACCUGCUACUGUGCAUGGAGGACGAAGGGAGCGAGAGAGUCAGAGGCCAGCAGAAUAUCUCGACCCCUGGGCGUCCGAUGGCAACGACGAGGACAGCAUCCGCGCCUUCGCCGUCUCCGUUCGCCAGGACUUGUACAUCGAUCACAGGAGCAAGACAAGCGGAAAUGGAGGAGGCGGGAGAGAAAGAUCGGUCUCACUUGACCCGAGCACACGCGUUCAGCUUCAGAUGCUCGUCCAGUCAAGUGCUGGAGACCAGAAACUGCAGAAGCAAGCGAAAGGAACAGAGGCCUGCUAUCGAGCACCAGCAUAG